UCUCUCUCUCUCUCUUCUUUUCUUUCUCUUUCUCUCUCUAGACAGUCAUUUUCUUUCCCGGAAAAAAGAAAGUUCUUUCCUUGCACGAAUUCAUGUCGGAAAAGGGUAGGCCACUACCAAAAUUUGGUGACUGGGAUGUUAAUGAUCCUGCUUCAGCCGAGGGAUUUACUGUGAUCUUUAACAAGGCUAGGGAUGAGAAGAAGACAGGUGGCAAACCUGAAUCCCCAGGGAAGGUUGAUUCUAAAUCUACUAUCAAGUCUCCAGCAGAUCCCGCCAAACCUCAGUCUAAAAAAUGGCUUUGCUGCAUUCAAGACCCACCUGCAGAAUCCUGAGAAUGUCCUCCCAAUGUAACUUGCUUUCCGCAGAAGAUCAUAUUGUUUGUAUAACUAGCUCCACCAGAUUUUUACAUACGAAGAUAGGAGCUUUAGGGCAGUGGAUGGGCUGAUGUUGAAAUUUAUUCUGUGCUGCAAAAUUGCGUUGUGGUGGGAGGAGUAAAGAAGAAAAGGAGUUUUAAAAAAAAAAAAAAAAAAGAAGAAAGAAACACCUAUUGUAUCUAUAUCUAUCUAUAUCUAUUGGCUGAUGUGGUGAUUAUAUUGGAGGCAAGUUUGUUUUUAUCUUUUCCUUGACUGUACUGUAAUCUUCAUAUAUUUGCUUGUGACAUUCCCUUUUCUUGUUUCUACUCUUGUAUUCACUAAAAUUGGUUUUGUUUAUGAAUGUUUUCUUUUUCUAAAGAAGUAUAUUUUGAGAGUUCCUUUUAUA